CGGAGUCUCUCUCGAACUAAUUCGCUAUACACACUUGGUAGAGCAAGCCUUCAAGGCCAGCUGUCACACCUGACGUCGUUGAAGCUCCCAGACCCUGAUUCGCUGGCUAAGCGGAUCUCAUCCAUCCCCACCUCUGCUGAGGCGGCGAGAGCAUUAUCGGACGCGGCCGAGCAGAUUCAGAUUUGGAUUGGCAAAGCUUCGGAAGUGCUCGGCGGCCUGGAUGCAGAGAAUGAUGUGGAAUGGGCGGCGGCCGGCGGCAAGGAAGGCGUGGAGGAUGUUGAUCAAGCCAUCAGCCGCUUUCAGGAACUCAUUGAAGUCUACGUCCUGUCUAUCGAGCGACUUCAGACUCGGGAAGAUAUUGCUGCCCUGCCCGCCGUCGAGCUCCAGUCGACCGUUAAGCAGAUGGAGAAUAUUCUCGCCAGCUGGCAGAAAGUCAAAGCUACGCUGCGAGGCGUGAAGGACCAGGUGGAGGUCGCAAUGGAGUGGGAGCUGUUGUGGAUCAGCGUGCUAGGUGAGAUUCGCCAGGAGAUGGACGCCUUGAACCGACUGGUCUUCGAAAUGGAGGAAAGGCGGCAUCAAGGCGCCGGGAGUCUACUUAGCUCGAAGGACAGCAUCGAUUUGCACGAGCUCGAGACGAUCGUGGAAGAGCGACCGGGUCAAGGGGCGCCGUUGCACAGCCAUCGUCUGAGCCUGCCUGGAGCAUUUUCACCCAUUACACCAGUCGACGGUCCACCAUCAAGCGACACCAAAGAAGACACGAGCUUACUAGCCCUGUUCGCCCAAAUGCAGCCACUGCGGGCAUCGCUCGAUUUUCUUCCCAUGCGUCUAUCCGCAUUCAAGCUCCGAGGAAGUGUGAUCUUUCCAUCUGCUUGCACCGAUCUGGACACGCGAAGAGAGCAAUUGGAAGACUCAUGGAAGAAGCUUGAGGCGGACGCGGAAUCGCUUCGGAGAGAGCUUGGGGAAGAUCGAUGGGUCUUGGUGUUCCGCAACGCGGGACGACAAGCCCUGAAGAUGGAGGAGUCAAUUACGCGGAGCUACAACAAGCUUCGAGACGCCGUUGACGCGGGCGAAUACACCAGCAAUGCCCCGUCGUUCGCUCGGAAGGUCGAGAGCUACGAUGCGAAGAAGUCGCAUUACGGGCCUGCAGUUGAGCGCGUUCUCGCCAUCAUCGACCGAGGAGUGAAGGAGAGAUUGACGGUGAAUGGAGAGAUCCUACGGCUGCAGGGCGACAUGAAGCAUCGUUGGAGUGCGCUGCAAGGGGACAUGCGAGAUAUGGAUCUGGUCCUCGAAGAGCUGCCCGUUGAAACUCCCGACACGCAGUACCGAGAUUCCGUCUCGACCGUUGUAUCAAGCGAACGAUCCCUUGCCAGCAGUCUUGUCGAUACACCGGGUAGCUCGCCGGCGAGCAGCGUGGUCGGUGGGCUGAGCGGAAAUGGCAGUAGGACGCCGACACCACUGAUGCUCGCGAAGCCGCGAACGAGCAGCGCCCGCAUACCCAGUUCCAUCCCUCGCCGGAUUCCACUCACCUACUCUGGGAACUCCACUCCGCGUUCGCUUUCCUCACCUCUAGCAAGACGUACAGCAAGCCAAAUCCCGUCACCACCCACGGCUACCCGACCGCGCUGGCAAAUUGCCACAAAGCCGGAGAGCCGGAAUCGCGACUUUCUGCCACUCUCCGCCCUGGAGCCCUCGCCAUACGCCAAAACGCCGGUGGCCAAGCAGAGCAAUUUCCUGCGAUCAUCGUCGAAUCCCUCGGAUUCCCCGUCCACACGCGCA